CGUGGUAAGCGUGUCAUUCACAUUUAUAGGAAAAAUCGGGACACACAUAAUUUACUAUUAUAAACUCCCCAACAGGUUAAGGAAUGCAGGAAUACCUGAACUGUCAAUAUAUGGAACUCGUUGGUUGCCUAACAGUUGUCAGCAGGCACAACUUCACGUAACUAAAGUCCCAAAGAGCAACACCCCCCUCCUCAUCAAUCAGUUAUCUCGAUGUAAAGUGUUUUUAAAGUGUCUGCAGAGUGUCUGAGAUAAAGUUUUUCAAGUCACAUUUUCGUAGGCAACCGAUCAGCCGACCGUACAAGAGCUCGACAGCAGCGCACCAGACAACAAAUGUUCACACCGUUGUUAGUUUUCUCUAAUGUUCAGUAGAGGGCACUGCUGCUAAAGUUGUUUUCACUUUGCAUGAUUCCUCUUGUUUUGUUCUAGGUGGGUUUUGGCGGGAGACCAGCGGGCGCCAGCGGGAAACUUUUAGGGGGUUGUUUCCUGGUUUCCUGACUGUUUCUCUUGCUUGUGAAUGUUGUGAGUCACUAGUAAAAUUGUGAGUCACUAGUAACACACUAAAAGUGGAGAUUGCCCGAGUACAUAGAUUUAGAUUUCAAGUUUGAUAUUGGUGUAGCCGUUUGAGUUUUUCAUUUCAUCAAUUUAGUUCGUGUAAAUUGUUGGUCUCGAUAAAGAGGUAGCUGGAAGGCCCAAGUUUUGUGAUUACUGUGCUACGAUGGCUCAGCCACUUAUAACACAAUUCUACAAUAAACGCAAACGCGCUGCUGAAGGAUGCGUUACAGAUUUUAAAUCAAAAGUGCUGAUUUUAGACGGAGAAAAUAAGUUGUCUCAUUCUGAGGAUUCAUCACGUGUGCAAGAGCUUGAAUGUUCAUAUGGAUCGAAAAAAGUGGCGUACAGUGUUACAGUGGAAGAGAAUACGAACGUAAUGGUUUGCAAAUCGCCAGCAACCGUUACUGAUAAUCAGGCUCAAGCUGACUCGAGACAGUCUCCGUCAGUAGGGUCGACGAAGGUCUGUAAGAAGCUGCCAAUUAAAACUGCCAGAAAUAAAGUCCCUCUGAAAACUACAGGAGACAUUAGACUGGCCUUUAAACCAAAAGGUCUUAACACAACUAAUGCUCCAAACACAGAAAUUUCCGAAGGCAAAAAUGAUUGUGUAAAGGAACAAGUAAGUGGUGACAAUGGAUCAGAAUUAGAGAAAAGGGUUGUAUUUGAACUUCUUGGAGGACUCUCUCCAAAAAAGAAUUCGAAGGAUAAAGCUACCCCAAUUAAACAAAACUCUGUUGAUCAAAAUAAUGUAGCAGUUAAAAAUGCUAGGAGGGAGCUCGGUCUUAUGACUCCAAAAAAAGUAAUUGAAGAAAGGACCAAGGCAGUUCGCGUAGAUGGCAUACAGAGAAAAUUGAACAGAAGUGCUAGACUGGCAGAAAUUCGUGAAUCUAUAAAGAAGUUUAACACGAGUGACCAGGCAUUACAGGAACUUGAAAUUAGAAGGAAGAAUUUGGAAUGUACUAGUCCUCGCUUACAAAAAUUUACAGCCAUCGAUCUUGAAGUUCCUAUCAGUCCACAGAAAGGUUCGUCUGCAGCUGCAAGCCCUAUUAAAGCAAGUCCUUUGAAGAAAACUCCUAUUAAAAGUCCUUUGACUAGUCCCGUGAAAUCUCCUGCAUUUCAGAGACUUGCACAUUUGGUGCAAACUGGUGUUCCUUCCCUUACUUUGCCAUAUAGCUAUCGAUUUCUGGAAGAAAUAUUUAGAUGUGUGGAUACUGUAACUUCAAUGAUGUAUAAUCGCAGAGAAACAGUAACAUUUGAUAAGUUGAAAUCCGGAGUUCAACAAAUGCUUCGAAGAAACUUCAGUGAACAGCAUAUUGGACAAAUUAAAAGGGUUUUCCCUGAUGCCUUCAACGUUUCUCAAGAAAAAUCCUCCAUGAUUAUGUCUUCUAAGAAAGUAAAUAAAUAUCAAUUAGUUGUGGUACCAAUUUUUGAUCCAAAAGUUGCAGAUGUCUUGAAAAUGUCAAAUGGUAGUUGUCAUUCUGUUAUGACACCUACAUUAUUAGUUCAGAGACGAGAACAGUUUCAUAAUAAUCUACUUAAAAUUGUGAAGAAUCAUCAUAAAAAGUUUUUGGAGAACCUUGAUCCUCCUGUAAUUAUUCCCCAUGCUAGCCUUGCAAGAUGGCACCCAGAAUUUCAAUUGGAUGCAGUACCUCCCAUAACGCCUGCAGAACUCCCUGCACCUCCAUGUGAAGAAAAGAUUUGUUCAGCUAAAGAGGUCUUGGAUCGAGCUAAGACAUUGUUCGGUUGCAAUGAACGGAUGGAAAAAGCCUUGCAAAUGGUGAGUGAGCAGAUAAAAAAGUCUGAAGAAACUUCAUCAUCAGAAGUCAAAAAGAGUGCUAGUAAUUCAGACUCAUCUCUGCUCAGAGAUGUAAGAUUGUAUGUGCUACUAAAACCUUUUACUGUUGGAAAAAUUACUCCCAAAUUUGGCAAAAAUACUUUUGAGCAGCAGAGAUUAAAAAAUGAUUGUAAUUCAAAAUUUUAUUUGGUUCGGGCCAAACAGGCAGCGAAAGCAUUAUUGGCAAUGACUCGAACUCCAGCUGAAGACAGAGAAGCUAUACAACUGUUACGGUUACCAGAAAUUGCACGAAUAUUACGUAACAUAUUUGUUGCAGAGAAAAAAAGUGUUCUUCAUCUUGAAGUAACAUUACAAAAACUCGCGAACAGUUACAGAGAAGCUAUUUCUAACGGUGAACUGGAGCAGCAUAUUCGCUUACUGAUGAAAGUUGUUCCUGGGUGGGUAGAUAUCAUGCAUAUUCGGAAGACUGAUUAUGUUAAAGUUGCAAAAGAUGCAGAUAUGACAGCUGUGAUGAAAAAGUUGGAGAAACUUGCUGCAGAAAAAAACUCAAAACUAUAAUAGUGUUUUUGGUUGGUUGUAACUAAUAUUUAAUAUUGAUUUGUGGAAAAAUUUACAAUUGGUGUAUUUUUUAGUCCAAAGUGUACCUUAAGUGUUAAUACACCAUUUGUUUUUAUUGCAUUUGUACCACAAUCCCUCAAAUCCUCAUGUGUGAACACGUGUUUCAAUUGGAUCAUUAGCUCUGAAGUGAUUAAUCAUCCAUUGUUGGCUGUUGGAUAGAAUGUUGUGAAAAGGUGGAUAUUAGUUUUUAAUUUUCAUUAGGAAGCUCAAUAUUGCAACAACAAAUUUUGAGGCAAAAGCCAGUUUCUGUCUGUUUCUAAAAAAGUAACUGCUGUAUGGGUAUGAAUUCUUGAAAUUCCGAGCAAAAUAGUCUUGUAAUUCUGCAGAUAUAUUUUACAUCUAAUGUCAAAAAAUGCUCCAUUUCCCUGUGAGAAAUAUAGAAAUAUAUUAAGUCUUCAUGGAAACAAUUAUCGCAGAUUAGCAAUUGCAAAUCACAAUUUUAUAAAGCAUUAUUUUGUAUUUGUGUUAUUAUAUUAAUUUUCUUUAUUUGAAAAUUAAGCUUAUUCAUUUUUAACUUUUUGUUGACUGUUUUAGAAUUCUUGAACAUUGAAGUUAUGAAGUUCUAAUUUCUAAAGAAUUUACUGCUGCUUCCUAAGAAGGGAAUCAUUUUGAUUUUAUUUGUACAGUAUAAAUCAUAAUUUCAUAAUAAAUAAAUAAAAUGCUCUGAAUGUAUUUAUAGCCAGAAGUAAUGAAAGCAGAAAAACAAAUAUUACUUUUUAAAACUACUUGAUUAAAUGGGAAUCAUCUGAAAAAUAGACAAAUACAAAAAACCUUGUGGUAAAGAAUACAGUACUGGCUUAAAAAGCAAAGAAAAAAGGUGGCUUGAGUUAAUGCAUGAAACUGAGCUUCUGCAAAUUGAUAUGGCAGAUAGUCAAACCAACAAAAAAAUUGAAACUAGAGGUACUUCUACCAGGCUUGUAGGGUUCACAUGGGUCACAGGUUUAAUAAUGUUCUUGGUAAAAAGAAAAAUUGAAAUCUGAUGGUCUUAAAAAUGAAUAGAACACUGGAGGACAUUGUAUCAAAUUGUGUGAUAUUGAAUUUUUAGAAUAAAGCAAGAAAAAAAAAUUGACAUCCUGCAUGUUGAAAAUAUAAGAUGAUUUCAUGUGUAAUAAAAGUACACACAUAAAAUGCAUUCAACACACUACUACAAUUCAGUCAGAUGUGCAUUGCUAUAAUUUGUUUUGCAUGAAUAGUUGUAUAGAAUUUAAUCUCCUUUUAACCAAUUCUUCAUUUCAUGAAAGAUCUGGUUGUAUGUACAAGAUAGUGCCCUCAAAAAGAUGUUUUGUCAUACCACUGUUCGAGUAAUUACAGUUUUAUAAACAGUAAUGAUUGUAAUUAUCACAAUGUGUCUCACUUAUAUAAAAUUAAGUUUUUGAAUUAACAUAAUCCAGAAGUUAUCACUACAGCAGCUGUCAUUAGUAAAUUGUGCCACAGAUUGAGGCAUGAAUUACACAUGACUUAACUCUGAAAUGGUAAAGGAGAUAGUUUCCUGGAAUUUUGUCUAUAAAUGAUACCUAAUAGAAGUGUUCAUUGAUAAAAUUGAAAAAUGGCAAUGAAUUUUGAAGUUGACUUUGGGCAGAUGGUCAGUCUUAGGAAGGAAAAAAAAAAUUCAUUUAAUGUGUAUAGCCGAGGCAAAGCAGUUGACUGUGUUCAGUCAUUUGUAUAAAUACCAAACAUUUAUAUUUACUUACGGUGUGACUUUCAACAUCUUGUAAUGUAUUGCCUUUCAUCUGGAAUAGUUGGGAAGAAUAGAUAUUUUUAUUUCUUAGUUUAUUACAAGGAAAUUCUGUGUCAAUUGUGAAUGAAAAGUUGUGAUUCUUCUGUCAUAAGGGUUCUUAACUAUUUUAAUAUAUUGGCUCCCUUAUCAUACUAGUGCAUUUUCCUGGUUAGAUUAUUAUUUUCAGAUUCGCGAAAUAACAUUCUUAAAUGCAUGUUUCAGCAUAAUACAUUGUCUUAGACUAAGAGAAAUUGGGGGGAAUAAAAAUAAUAAGUAUUUGAAUGGUUUAUUUGUAUUUAUUGUUUUUCUUGUUAACAGGCAGGAAAUUUUAUGUAUUUUAUAAUCUUAAUCACAAACUAAAUAGGAAUGACCAAUCAUCUUUUGAGUAUUACCAUAUUGUACUUUGUUGAAUAAAAUUAUUAAAUGACUAGACAUAAAAUACUUAUGGUAACUUUUCUUUGAAACAUUUUUAGAUGCCAUGAAUACUGAUUCUAUUGAAAGAGCUGUGAAUUUUGUCAUUGGAUUACAGGAGCUGACACUGUCUUCGCAAGGAAAUUAAAGAUUUUGAAUUAAAUUAGCUUUUUUACUGAUAUUUCAGUUACAUUGUGCAUCUGAACAUAUCUUUAAUUUCAUUGAAAAACGAGGGAAAAUAUGUGCAAAAAUGUAAUGUCAAAAUUUCUGAAGGAAAGUGGUCUUCUGGCAAUAUUUAAAAAUAAUGUCAGGGAAUUGAUUAGUACAUAAAUAAUUUUGUAUUCUUAGAAUUUGAUUUUCCCAGUUUGGCUGUCUUGAUUUCAACUUUGGUCAGAUUUUGAAUAAUCUUCCUUUCCUUUGGGACUUCAUUCCAGCUGCAAAUUAAUUUAUUUUUUCUCGCUGUAACCGCCACAACUUGUCCAAUGUUUAGCCUCGUGUUAUUUGUUUCUGGCCUCUACAUACUUCAAUAUUGUGCCUCAUCCUUAUCCCUUAUUGAAUGUACUUGAACACAUUUUUCACCUUAAUCGUAGUUUCCAUUACCUAUAAUACAAGCUUUAACAUAAAUCUAGCAAACUUUAUGAAGUUAUGUCAAGUUCACUAGUUGGACAGCUCUGAAUAUAACAUGGAGUUCUCUUACACUACAAAUCCCCUUAUACUUGGUAGAAAAUAGGGGCUACUAGCUACUUUCCUGUUUAAUUUGCAUUUCUGAAUCUCCUUUUGUCAUUUUUUUUAGUAGCAUUAUUCCUACAUUUUAUUUUGCUGUUUAAAAAUUGUAAGUGUAAGUCUGUAAUAUAAUUUGAAAAUUAAAAAAAAAAAAUAAUUAGAGUAUUAGUUUGAUCUUGGUCAGAUCAGAACACCUUGUAUCUUGCUGAAAUUUUCUAUUUUAUUUUGACAAAUAUUGAGAAAACAGUAUGGCAAUACUUCUUUUUGACUGCAUCAGCAUUCAUAAUAUAGGCUCGAUACACUAAGGUUAGGGUAUCAGUAGAUGUGAAAAAUCUGGGAAAUUUCCAAUUUUGUGUUGUCUGAAGAAAUUGAAUUGUUAUUUUACACUUGAAAAUCAAAUUUGUUGGAAAUUACUUAUAUUCUAGGGAAGUUUUUUUAUUUUAAGAAUAAAAUUAUCUCCUUUUAAACAAAAAAGUUGAUAUAAAUUCCUUUCGUUAAUAAAUUUUAAAAUUUUCUUGAUUUAAUUAGUGUUUUGUUGACUGAUAUUGCUUCAGGCUGAGCUACUUUAACAGCAUGAAAUAACUAUUGAAAAUUACUUCAAUCAACAAAGUAGUAAGUAGCUGCCCAAAAACAAAAGUCGAGGUUAGGUCAAGUUAGACAUCACAAUUCAUGACAAAAUGACUCUUUGUACUCUAAUUUGACUAGUGUUUAUGUAGUUAGUAAUUGCUACAUAUUCAAAUGAAUAAAAAUUAAUUUGAAUAAAAUAAUUCUAUUUUCUUUCCACAGGCUUACUACCCUUCAUAACAUUGGGGAUUUUGAGCAAAUUGUAAUUCACAACUCUUUCUUUGAGGAAUGCUAUUAAACUUACAACCUAAAAUUUGUUGCAAAUUAGCAUAGUAAAAAUGCACUCAACAUUGAACUAAGUCAAUUGUACUUUGGUGAAACACACUUCCGUUUUUCUUUUUAACUUCUUGGUGAUCCAAAUAGUACUAAAUUAAACAUGCUUUGUUUCUGAUGGUGCUCUUAGCAAAUCUCAAAGUAAUAUAACACUAUUGUGAAUAUUCACAGCAAAAAUUGAUAUUUUCUUCUAAAUCCAAUCUUGACCUUCACCCCAAAUAUCAUUUGUCUUAAUAUGUUAUUAAAAAGAAAAAAGGGGGGAAUUAAUUGUUUAGAAAUACUUUGUUUCUCUUAGUGCUCUCUGGAAAUCCCGAAGUUACUGUACACUGCUGUGAAUAUUCACAACAAAAAUUGUUCUUUUUCUAGAUCCAGUCUUGACCCUCAUCCCUAAUACUUUUGUGUGGAAAAAUGUUUUUGAUGAAAUUAUAUUAAAUCAAAAUCAUCAUAUUGGUCACAGUAAUAGUUACCUUUGUACUGUAUUAAUUAAAUUAUUUUUAUAGAGCCUCCAAAACUAUGCUGGUGAACGAGAGUGGAGGAUAAGUGGAAUCUCCCCUCCAAGUAUGAUUUGUAGCAAUUUACAAAUGUUUGAAUAUAUUUUGCAAUUUCUAUUUAUCAUAAAUUCCUGUGCCAAUAAAAUACUGAAUCUUAAAUAUUAAAACUUAAAUAGUUGCACAAAUUCUCUGAUAUGUUAAAAAUGCAAUAUUUCAUCCAGUUCUGUAAGUUUUGUGUACAGCUUUACUUUCAAAUCAUCUGGCACAAAUUGUCGAGGACUGUUAUUGGGGUGGGCACAAUGGCGAAGAAGGGAAGCUAAUGAGGAAGGUGUAUGUGGCGAAAUUAAUAGACCUGGAAUUAUAACAGUACCAGAUAAUGUCCAUCCAAGAAAGAUUUUUUCACAAACCACUUGAUAAUUAUCAUUUGUAACUGGCAAGUCACAUUUCUUAGUCUUAUCAUUGCAGAGGGAACGACAGUCAAAAAAGUCACAUUCCUCAUGCUUUGUGCAGUGCCUUCCAUCAGCUGUUGCUUUGCUUGCUACUGUCCUUGGCACUGCAGAGUCAAGAUCAAGAAAUUUUAGUCUCUGUGUACCUUUAACCAAACCGAAAUGACUCAUUUUCAUAUCACACAAAUGGAAUGGCUCCGGAAGGUUAGUCUCUAAUUCGCUAAGAAGUUCCAUCAUGAGCAUUGCCAGUUUAACCCUUGAUGGCCAUUCUUCAUUACCAUCUGAUAUCGAUAGGAUGUUUGAACCUCCAUGUACAGGCUCCAGAUAUUCAACAGCAAAGAAUCCACCGCAAGUCCCCAAUAACUGGGGGAAAACAUCUAUAUCGGAGUAGAGUAAUGAACAUAAAUAUUCAUUGUCUUGAAGUAGUACCCAUAAAUUCUGCAUUUCAACUUGUCGUUGUGGUGAGCCUUCCUUAGCCUUGGAGAAUCCUAGGCGAGAAAGCCUUUUAAGCUGAUCAUUGGAUAUUGAAUAGUUCAGCUUAGAAGCUACAAUGUCACGAAUCAUAUUAUUGAAAUCUGCUUCAGAAGGAAAGUGUUGUCUUCCUUCUUUAUCUACCCAAUAAACUGGAUCUAAAUGAUUUGCCCAAACUCUCCGGGAGGCUUUGAAAACCAGGUGUGUACCUUCCCAAUUAGCAGAAAAAACUGCUUCUUUCCCAGCGUGAAAGGCAUGGCAUGUGAAAGAGUGAAUUUUCUUAUCAAUGCACAAUGGUUGACAUAAAUUUCCCACUGCUUCUCCUUUCUGAUGAAGAUGACACAAUCUUUUGAUGUGUUGCCAUGUUUCAAAAUUUGUACACAUAAUACCCCAAUGCAAAAGGUAGUACAAAAUCGUUACUGUCAAUAAUAUAGAUGAUAAGGUGGUGUACCUGCGAUGAUAUAGAAUACCGGGUAGUCUACGAAAAUUGAACAUUUUGAUUUAAUUAUGCGCACUGUACUUCUCUAUAUUAGUAAAAAUUCUUCUACGAACACGAAAUUCUCCCUUUUGUAAAUCUUAACAUGUUCUCUGAUCUCAGCUUUUUCAUUCUACGAAAUAGAUGACAUUACUCUAUUAAGAUCAUCCCCUUGAAAUGUCAAACACUGAUGAAUAAGAGCGUUCAUUGCCAUUACGCAAAACGUAAUCACCAGUAAUCACGGUUUGUGAGUGUCGAUGGACAGCAUCGGCGAAUCAAGCCGUAUUGUGAAAAUGAAGCCAGUUAAUCUUGAAUUAUUGGGAAAAUGAUUGCUACCGCACAUGUCAAGAACAUUUUUCGUUUCAUAUUUACGCUCUUUCAUAUAUAUUCAUAGUAAUGCCGGUUAAUUCGCAAGUCUGGCUUCGGUCUAAUAUUCCUGUAACGUUAAAUUGCUGAUGUCGAUUGACGUACUUUUGUUUCUUUAAUACUUGUUUUUACUUUAAAUUAGCGUGAUUUUGGCACUACACUACCCCUCUCAUUGCAAACCGGCGGUAACUAACUUAUCACUUGUCAGAUUAGUUCUACCUGGUUCUACACCCGUUCUACUCUAUCCCUACCCCUACGAAGCAUCAUACAGAUGCGAUACGUAUGCCACAAGAAUUGGAUCUCAGGACAAAAAUGAGUGGGUUGAAAAGCGCACAAUUAAACUAGGAGUAUAGUUCGGAAGUUGGAUAAACUGCACAAUUACUUUACACUUGGGGUGGGGAGUAUUGUUGAUGUGACAUUCAGAGGACCUGAAAAGAUAAUAGUGAUGGUUGUUGUAGGUUAUGUGUGUACUUCGGUGUGUACUAUGAAAACUAUAUAGUUUUGUUUGAUGAAGCAAUUUCAACAGGCCAGAGCUAAAUGGUGAAAUCCUGUGUUAAGUUGCCUAUGUAAAGGAGUGAAAAAGUGAUAGUGGCAUUAGAGACUUACAUUUUAUAUUACAACAGCAGUUUGUUUACAUUUCACUGUGAAGAUGACAUCGAGGAAAAGAAGUGGAUCUGGAUCCAAAAGGCAAUUGAAGGAAAAAGUUGUUCAGAUUUACGAAUCGUUUUUUAAGGGAGAAGAUCCAGCAUAUGGAAAUCCCAAUUUUUGGGAAGAAUUGUUUCUACUGAAACCUAAAGUAUCCAGUCUUGAAACGGAGAUACAGAAGCUCACUGGUGAACAGUUGAUGUCAUUAAAAGAAAAUAUUAAUGUCUUAUUUAAACAAUGUAUCACAACAUUGGGACAUGAUCAUCAUAUUCGUGUAGUUUAUGCCUUACAGACACUCUGUGCCUUAAUAAAUAGCAUUUACAAGAAAACAUCAGGGGAAUUUGGAUUUGAUGUAAUUAAUAUUUUAAUGGGAUUUGAAUCUGCAGAAAAGCUCAUGCAAGAACUUCUAGAUCAUUGUAAUAACUUCUUAACUGGUGAUUAUCCAGAUAGUCUGAAAGCUUUGUGUCUGAAAUUAUUGCUAGUUUUAGUUACAGGCACAGAAAAUGUUAGUCAGAAUACGUUGUUGGAAUAUGUUAUGAUCAAUAGCAUAUUUGAGUCUUUAAUUCAGGUUUUAUGUGAUCCUUCCACAAGAACACAGCAUGGUCAUGAUGCAGUUCUGUUAUUGACUCUCCUUGUGAAUUAUCGUAAACACGAAGCUGCUAAUCCUUAUAUAGUUAAACUUUCUAUUUUGGAUGAUGAACUUGCAUUAAAUGGUUAUGGUCAGGUCAUCACAUCAUGCCUCACUGAUUUCUGCAGACAGUUUGCUGCUCAGCAUGCUGAGCCACAAUCUGGUAGUUGGUUAUCAUCUAUUACAAAUAUAGUUGGAAACAUAUUUGUGUCUGAAGAAGGGGGUGUUCGAACACAACAAAUUCGGGCAAAUAACGCUCUUUUAGUGGCACUUUAUGAAGCUGUUCAUUUAAAUCGCAAUUUUAUUACUACAUUGGCACAUACUCAGACAGAUACAAGCACACCACCAUCUCCUAGCAACACUCUAAAUUCAAAUCAGCCAACUCCUGAUUUAUCAGUUCCCCCAGCUGUUGAUAUUUUUGCACAACCUUCCAAUCUGCUUGUAACUUUCUUUCAGUAUUGUUCUAUUGUAAUGCAAGAUACAAAAUCUGAAGCCAGUGUAAACAACGUAAAACUCUGUUUUUUGAUAUUGACAUGUAUAUCUGAAGACCAGUAUGCCAACUCAUUAAUGCAUGAUGUCAAUCUUGUUUUUAAAGUUCAACUUCACCGAUUGCCUAUGCGUCACAGAAAGCUUGCACCUGACAAAGCAAGCCCAUCUCAACCUUUGGCAUCCACCCUUUUGGAUCUUUUGGUAGAAUUUAUAAUGAGUCAUAUGAUGAAGAAACUACCAAUGGAAUUGUAUUUGUAUUGUGUUGGUGUUAUUCAUAGGGUGUUGUGCUAUCAGAAACGUUGCCGUGUCCGAUUGAAUUAUCAGUGGAAGGAAUUAUGGACAGCACUCAUCACGUUGCUGAAAUUCCUUCUUGCAAAUGAAAAUCAUUUAGCAAAGAAAAUGAAUAUUUUCAAUCUUGCAUUGCAGGUAAUUAAUAUCUUCAAUUUGUUCAUCACGUAUGGUGAUACAUUCCUACCUUCUCCUGGAAGUUAUGAUGAGCUUUAUUAUGAGUUAAUAAGAAUGCACCAGGUUUUUGAAAAUUUAUAUUCAAUGGCACUUCGAUACUCUACCAGUGAUGGUGAAUUUAAAGAUCAUGCUCUAAGACUCACUAACAGUUUAAUUAAUGUCAGAGCAAUUAUUAAUCAUUUCUCUCCAAAGAUUGAAACAUGGUUGGCUAGUCAAAGUUUAUCCACUCCUUCUGAAGAACAGAUACUUGAGGUGGUGAGGAAAAACUAUGAUAGUCUAACUUUGAAGUUGCAAGAUAAUCUUGAUCAGUAUGAGCGAUAUGCAGAGAAACCUUUACAUGCUGCCUUCUUCACGGCAAUGGUUCGCAGUGUUGUGAAUGAUACAAGACAAAAUAUAGACUUCGGAAAUUUGGAUUUGCAGCUUAUUCUUCAGGAAUUCUCAUCUAUUACUUAAAAUUUCUUUUGUAAAUUAAUUGUAAUGGGUAAAAGAAAGUUCAUUAAAUAAUGUAUUCAUAUUAAAUCCUAUGCCUGAAAAGUAUAGAAUUAUGUGCUAUGUUAUACAAAAAAUAUUAUUUUAGCUUCUGUUGAUUUUGUUAAUUUUUAUAAUUGUCUGAAAUGUAUAUAUUGUAAUAAAGCUGUGCCAUUUUUAUAAUAAAUUUGGAGUAAAAACUUAA